AUGGCGACCGGCUCCGCACGUUAUGUGCGAUACAUUCUUUUCGCCGCCUUCGGUCUCGCCGUCUUCUACUUCAUCUCCCACUCCAGCUACGAGGGUGUGAGGCUCGAGAAUGGCAGCUUCAAGUCCCCGGGACAGGGCGCUGCACCUGGUCAGCAAGGAGAACAAGGUCAGCAAAGCCAGCCGGGCCAGGCGAAGGAACCUGAACACGCCGCGAGCAAGCCCCCAGCCAACGUGCUCAAGGCUGGCGAGAAGUACGACCCCAAGCAGUGGCCCAUGGCCAUGACCCCGAACGAGCCCGGCUGGGACGACCUCAACAGCGGCAUCGCCCCUGGUCCCCGCAUGAACGCGACCUUCGUCACCCUCGCCCGUAACUCUGAUAUCUGGGACAUUGCCCGUUCCAUUCGCCAGGUUGAGGACCGCUUCAACCGCCGCUACAACUACGAUUGGGUCUUCCUGAACGACAAGCCUUUCGAUGCCACCUUCAAGAAGGUCACUUCCUCCCUUGUGUCCGGCAAGACUAUCUACGGCGAGAUUCCCAAGGAGCACUGGUCUUUCCCCGAGCACAUUGACCAGGAGAAGGCACGCAAGGUUCGCGAGGACAUGGCCCAGCGCAAGAUCAUCUACGGUGACUCGGUCAGCUACCGUCACAUGUGCCGUUUCGAGUCUGGAUUCUUCUUCCGCCAGCCCGCCAUGAUGAACUACGACUACUACUGGCGUGUCGAGCCCUCCAUUGAGCUUUUCUGCGACAUCCACUACGACCCGUUCCGCUUCAUGAAGGAGAACAACAAGAAGUACAGCUUCGUCCUGAGUCUGUACGAGUACGUCGAGACCAUCCCCACCCUUUGGGACAGCACCAAGAAGUUCAUGAAGAACCACCCCGAGCACAUUGCCGAGGGCAACUCCAUGAGCUUCCUGAGUGACGACGGUGGUGACUCCUACAACCACUGCCAUUUCUGGUCCAACUUCGAGGUCGGCGACCUUAACUGGCUUCGUUCCAAGGCCUACAUCGACUACUUCGAGUCCCUUGACCAGGACGGUGGUUUCUUCUACGAGCGAUGGGGUGAUGCGCCCGUGCACUCUAUUGCCGCCGGUCUCAUGCUGCCCAAGGAGCAAAUCCACUUCUUCAACGACAUUGCGUACUACCACGUCCCCUUCACCCACUGCCCGACCGGCGAGAAGGUCCGCCUCGACAGACGCUGCCACUGCAACCCCAAGGACAACUUUGACUGGAAGGGUUACUCUUGUACGAGCCGUUUCUUCGAGACCAACGGCAUGGAGAAGCCCGAGGGUUACGAGAACCAGCAAGAUUAA